AUGCCUGCACCGGGGCGGGCGCUCCGCUCCAAAGGCGAGCAGGGCUACGUGGUGCGGUACAAGAAAGGUACCAAGAACGUGGCCACUGACCCUGCUGAGUGGGAGUCUAACCGCACUCGCUUUCUUGGCGCCAUCGCACCAUUCGACAUAUUGAGUGACGGCCAGCUUCAGAACGACAAGUCAAUCCCUUCCAAUGUCACAAAAAAGCCCAUUCCCCCUCUCUCGGAGGGACUCUUGGCAAUCAUUCUGGAGCACAUGUACUCCAAAGGCUUCGCGAAGAAGCCAAUCACGAACCACGUCGAUUCCGGCAUAGUUGACGCCCUGCCCACUCUGUUCAGAGAAGAAAAGGAUUCGCUGGAACUCAUGACUACUCAGCACGGGUGGAUCGAGAAGCAGGUUCGGGAACAGCGGGAACCGAACGAAGAAAAGGAAGUUUGCCGAGCCCGGAUAAGGCAGGAAGUAAAAGCCAGCUAUGCCAUGCUGCGCAUGAUCUCCAGCUCUCAUCCAUACGCCGACCACUAUUCUGACAAACAGCUCCUAAUCGCCAGCGUGAAGCGAGCACGCAAGUACAACGACAAUCUUCCAGACAUCGGUCCCGACCUGAAGGGCCAGGCGGUCGAUCCCGAGGAGUACCGCGAGAAGUACGCUUGGGGUGACUGGUCCACCGGAGGCGUUCCCAACAAGAACUUUCUUCCGACUCAGGUGAUCGAUUCCUUCAGCCUUCAUCACCUUGAACAGUCCCCUUUUGCCAGAUUUCUACUUGCCAGCGCGGUCGGCACCGGCAAGACGCUCACCUACGGUCGCACCAUCGAGCUAGGCGCAUGUCGACUAGAGGAUGAGGUCCAGAACGGGAAGACCAUUGAAUGCGGCCCGAGCCUGGUUCUUGUCCCCGCACGGCUCGUCUACCAGACGGCUAUGGAGCUAUGCGACAAUUUCCCUCAGUUGAAAAUCCACGUGUAUUAUGGAUCGGCGACCGCGACGCAUGCAUACAUGCCGGGCAUCACCUUGCGUAAGAAAAAGGUCUUCUACCACAAGGGCCUUCCACCUACGCCUAGCCAAUACGACUCUCUGCACUGGGGGGACAAGAGCCACAAGAAAUGCCGGCGUAUGUUCCGUGAUAACGACGAGGGAAAGGAUGAGUACUUCCUCGACAAGAAAGACGGCCCCGCCACUGUGUUGCACAAGUGGGUUAAAGUGCUCGACCUAUACCUCUCCUACACAGAGAUCAUGUUUGAGCGUGUUCUUUGUGAUGAGGCCAAUGUUCUCCGCAACGUGGCGGGCAAGUACCACCGCAUGGUACGAAUGAUACCUUGCCGGUACCUAGGGUUUAUCGCGGUCACGCCAACCUCCAACCGUAUCACAGACCUUCACGGCUUUGUCAGCUUGAUAUUCAACCACGCAGGCCUUCACGUUCGUCCGCCCCAGGGGUUCCUCCUCGACAACAGCCACAAUAAGCCCACCGCUUCAGGACAAGACUGCUGGUUCACGGAAGAGACGCCACAGCGGGCGCGCCGGGGCCUUAUGAGGCUGCAAGACAUGGGCUGGGAGUGGCACUUGGCGAACCCCUUGUUUUCGGGCCGUAUCGUCGAUAAGCACAACCCUGACGCCGUCAGUCAGCGGCUGUACAAGGCAGCGGGUGUGUUCACGGUUCGGCGCGACAUGGCUACGCCCUGCAAGCUGCCCAACGGCGCCAUCGCCUUCCCGAAGGAUUCCAUCACCCCGCGUCGGAUUUAUUCCGAAACCCUCAAAUUCGACAGAGAUCACGAUGUCCUGGUCCAUGAAACAGAUCUUCUUCUCAAGGAUAUGGCGGUCGAGUUCUUGGACGAUGGAGAUGUCGGCGAGGAUGGAGACGCCGGCGAGGAUGGAGACGUCGGCGAGGAUGGAGGCAUCGGCGAGGAUGGAGACGCCAGCGAGGAUGGAGACGUCAGCGAGGAAACUAGCGCCGAGGAAGUGUCCACAGCCUCAGCCAGCAAACAGUUUACACUGACUUUCAUCCGCGCCCUCACCAUGGCAGCCAUUGAUUACAACAACUGGAAGAUGCUUAUGACAUCUCGUUCUAUCCGCGCCAUGAAACCAGGUGAGCUCGAGGGUGCCAUCUAUUCCCAGCUGGCGUUGCGCGACCCGUUCCUGACGAGGCCCAAAGAUGCCAAACAGAAGACAGUCACUCAGCGCCAUGUACUCAACAACGCUUUGAGCCGAGGAGGCAGGGCUGGCUGCCUCUGCGUCGAGGCUGUCAACAAGGUCCUUAGUGUCUGCUCGGACGGCCCUCUGUCAUGGGUCUUCAGAACGGUGAAGAACGAUCCGGUUUCGAUCCCGCCAUCAGGACGCAGCAAAAUGCUGCGUUUCAACCUCGCCACCUCUCCCAUCAAUACCCGGGUGCUGGAAUUGUGCAAUCUCUACAGACAAAGAAAGGAACGAGCGAUUGUGUUUGUCAACAGUCCGCACACACAGGCGGUUCUCGUCGCUCUUCUCGCCAAAGCCUCCUUCGGCGUCGCCACCAUCCGCUCGCAUAUGAAAGUCCACGAACGCAACAAGUACAUCAAAGACUUCAACUCUCUACGCUCGGAUGUCGACGUUUUUGUUCUGAACACCAACAUCCACAUCAGCGGUCUCAACCUGCACCGCCAAUGUUCGAAUGCAAUAGUUGCCUUCCCGGCCUGGAACCACGACACCAUUUCCAAAGCGAUUGACACUGUUUUUCGGGUUGACCAGAAGAAGGCGGUGGAGGUUCGCAUCCUGAAAGUCGCAGAUUCCGUCUUUGCAUAUCUUGAAUGUCGAGCCGACAUAAAAUACGUGCAUCAAGUGAUGCAUCUGGUGCCAAAGGAGGCCGGCGAGGCGCCGUUGCUGAAGAUGCUGGUGGGCUUCGAGAUCAUAUCGAUCCGCUUUGGCACACACCCAUUCAACCACUUCUCCUGGGUGGCCGAGCCGCCCCAGUCUGUGGUAGAAUUCUACUCGGAUCGGCAGCAGCGGAUGGGCGAGUUCUACUCCGCCUUGGUCAGCCUCAUUCUCAAAGGCCGGCCUGACGACGAGGUGAUGAGCCACACACGCGACUGUGUGCUUGACUUCCUGCGGGUCUUGGGCCCGGCGUGGAUCGACAGGGAGUACCAGGCCGAGUUCGGUGGCCGAAUGGUUCAAGGAAAGGUCAAGAGCAUCCCGAUGUCCCUCGAGCCCGCCAAGGUGACUUGGGAUCGGAUCCGGCUCGUCAUGGCCUGGAUCCAAAGCAAUUACAACUACUACGAACCCCGCAGCUGGGUCAAGAUGAUCGGUGUUCCGGACUCGUGGACUGCCCUGAACCCAUUUGUUGGCAUCGGCCUCAUGGACGACAAGGACGCCGAACUGUACCCACAGGACUUUAUGCGGCACGAUCUUUCCGACCUCGCCGACAGGGUCGGAAAGGACGCCGCGCGCCCUUGGUGCAAAACCUACGCCGAGGACAAGGCCGCGCAUGAGCGACAGAAGUCGGCGGCCAAAAAGGCUGUGGCCUCCGAGACGAGCGGAAAUGACGCGCCGGCCGCGUCCUCAAGAAAGCGCUCACGCUCUGCGUCAGCAGACGCCGAGGAGGGCGCUUCCAAGCGCAACUGCAGAAAGUGA